AUGGACUUGAACAGUCUAUCAGACUACAAGACGCCUGGAGGUGCCGUGGUUGUUCUGCUGGCCGCUGUAGCCUGUUGGUGGCUGGCGACUGCGUUGAUCGCAUGGAAUCGCCUCAAACACAUCCCAGGCCCAUGGGUCGCAGGAUUCACCUACGCGUGGGCAGGAUGGACAGAAUACAGCGGCAAACAACACUUUUCAUUCCUGGACCUCGAGACAAAGUACGGCUCACUGGUGCGUAUAGGACCAGAGCUUCUUGCAACCUCAGACGUAGAGGUGGUCAAGCGCAUGUCUGCAAGAAAGAGUACCUAUCGCAAAUCAUCUUGGGUUGAUGGUGUCCGACUGAACCCAUACCACGAGACCAUGUUUGGCGUACGGGAUCCAAUUGAGCAUGAUCGAAUCAAAACUCGUCUUGCACCUACGUACAGUGGUCGCGACACGCCUCAGCUCGAAAGUGUCGUCGAUCAGCAAGUGAACAAUCUGCUUUCACUCAUCCGUCGCAAAUAUGUCUCUGACCCUGCCAGUGGGGAUUUUCGUGUUAUGUCCCUCAUCAAUGUAUCAUCUUAUUUUACGCUGGAUGUUAUUUCCAAGGUGGCGUUGGGGACCGAGUUUGGGUGCUGUGCUUCAGACUCUGAUCCAUACGGCUUCUACAACGCAGUAGCUGAGCAUAUGCCACUCAUGGCAAUGACAAGUGGCGUGCCGUGGAUGCGAGCAGUGUUCUGUUCUCCUUUGUUUCUGAAAUACCUUGGUCCCAAGGAAACCGAUACUCAUGGGAUCGGCCUUCUGAUAAAAGUUACCAAUGAUAAAGUCCGAGCACGCUACAGUCAAGAAAAUAAUGAAAAGAAGGACAUGUUGAGCUCCUUGAAAGCCUCUGGACUUCCGGAAGGAGAGGCCCAAGCCGAGGCACUUUUCAUGUUCAUUGCAGGAUCCGACACUACUGCGGCAGCUAUUCGCGUCACUAUGUUUUAUAUCAUUUCAUCACCUCGUGUUUAUCAAAAGCUCAAAAAAGAUAUCCGAAAGGCGAUACAUGAGGGACGCGCCUCUAGUCCCAUCACUGUUGCCCAGGCACGAGAACUGCCCUACCUGCAAGCGGUUAUUUACGAAGGUCUUCGUAUCCGGCCAGUGACAACAGGACCUCAGUCGAAAGAAGUUCCUCCAGGUGGUGACACUAUCAAUGGACACUUUGUCCCUGAAGGAACAUCAAUUGCCAUCAACUUCCCCGCCAUUAUGGGCUCAAAGAAGUUAUUUGGACCCGACGCCGAUGUCUUUCGACCUGAGCGUUUUACCGAUCUUCAAGAACCCGAUCUUGCCGAGAUGCGACGCAACGUCGAGAUGAACUUUGGCAACGGACGCUGGAUGUGCGCUGGGAAGCCCGUUGCCUUUAUGGAGUUGCACAAGGUCUUUUUCGAGUUACUUCGUGCAUUUGACUUUCAGCUCGUUGAACCGCUUAACCCUAUGACUUCUGAGAGUUAUGCUCUGUUCCGAGACCAUGGACUGAAUGUUCGUGUUACUCUGGCGGAGGAUAUGGAGUGA